CCCAAAAUCAGGAACACAGAGGGCGCAGUUACCGACAGCCUGAAUUUUCUGUUUUCAGACGGGAUUUUCACACAAGUUUGGGGUCGUUUUCAACACAAACAUGUCUAUUUUCACUCCAACGAACCAAAUCCGGCUGACGAACGUGGCGGUGGUCCGGAUGAAGAAAGCAGGGAAACGUUUUGAAAUCGCUUGUUACAAAAAUAAAGUCAUGAGUUGGAGAUCAGGCGCAGAAAAAGACCUUGAUGAGGUUUUGCAGACUCAUUCAGUUUUUAUUAACGUGUCCAAAGGUCAGAUGGCAAAGAAGGAGGAUUUGGUUAAAUCUUUUGGGACAGAUGAUCAGACAGAGAUCUGCAAACAGAUCCUGUCCAAGGGGGAGCUCCAGGUGUCGGACAGGGAGCGUCAGAGUCAGCUGGAGACCAUGUUCAGGGACAUCGCCACCAUCGUGGCGGAGAAAUGUGUGAACCCCGACACCAAGAGGCCGUACACCGUCAGCCUGAUCGAGCGCGCCAUGAAGGACAUCCACUACUCCAUCAAGACCAACAAGAGCACCAAGCAGCAGGCGCUGGAGGUGAUCCGGCAGCUGAAGGACACCAUGCAGAUCCAGAGGGCCCACAUGAGGCUGAGGCUGCUGCUGCCGGCCAAAGAGGCCAAGAGGCUGAAGGAGAAGCUGCAGCCGCUCCUGCAGGUGGUGGAGAGCGAGGACUUCGACCAGGAGCUCGAAAUGGUGUGUCUGGUGGAUCCGGGCUGCUUCAGAGAGAUCGACGAGCUGAUCCGCUGCGAGACAAAAGGCCGAGGGUCCCUGGAGGUCCUCAGCCUGAAGGACGUGGAGGAAGGAGACGAGAAGCUGUAGCUCCUGACCUGCAGACACACCUCAGCAGGAUCUCAAACAGCUAAAAUAAAGACUCAUUCUGGUCCCACUUGGUUGAUUUUCAACAGCUUUAAACAGCGGCUGAGUUUAAAGGGCCCAUCUGACAGGAAGAGCCGGAGGUUUUUCAAAAUAAAAGUUUCAGAGUUUAAAUUUAAA